ACGGCGAAGUAUGCGCUCUAUUGGGGGGAUGACAAGGACAGCCUCGAAUACGACGGAGGCAGGGACGAUUCAGGCUUUCUUUCUCUUCAGCCAUGGUGCCGACAACACAAGAGGAGAAGGCAGCGAAGUACCUUCCGCCGAACUUCUAACGUUUGUAUCGAGACACGUGUCGAUCCUACAACCAUCCAUUUGCCAGUCCGUCCAUUCACAGGAAAAGCUGAUAUCUUUUGUCACAGACAUAUUGCGUGAUUGUUGAUGAGUAGAGAGAUGGAGCUAGAUUGAGAGAGAGAGAGAGAGAGAGAGAGAGAGAGAGAGAGAGAGAGAGAGAGAGAGAGAGAGAGAGNGAGAGAGCGAGCGAAAGAGAGAGAGAGAGAGAGAGAGAGAGAGAGAGAGAGAGAGAGAGAGAGAGAGAGAGAGAGAGAGAGAGAGAGAGAGAGAGAGAGAUGGCUGUGAUAAGGUGUGCGCGUGAUUGCAAAGUGGACUGUAAUCUUGUAGCAGCCAUUGUGGCAGUUCUGUGCUUGCUUUCGGUGACCGUUUUCAGCUCUUUGAAUGCGAAAGCGUGCCCCAAUCGCGAUGCCUAUUUAGCUCAGCGGAAGAACUGCAGUCUGAUUGGUGUAGGAGACGGAUCUGCCAAGGCGCUGGAGAUGUGCUUGGAAGACUGGUGCUUGGCGGAGAGCAACUGGACGUCUACGCCCGAUCGCUGCCGCAAUUUCAACCUGUCCAGACCGGGUUUCGAUCCCGUGUACAACAAAGCCCGGUUAACGGAUGGUUUCCCUGAUGACCGCCUCGGUGUCGGCAUGGGGUUUACGGGCCUAUCGUUGCUGAUUUUGGCGGGUCUUUUCCAAGCUAUGUCCCAGAUUGCUAACUGCAUAGAACCCAGGGCGGGACGGUGGGAGAGAAGGCGGGAAGCAGACGGCAAACAGCUGCAGAUGGUGGUGUCGGACAGGAUUACAAACACGGCGAACAAAAAAAAAAAGUCCAAAAAAGGGAGGAUUGCCUCCAUCUGUAUGGCGUUGUCGGCGUGGCUCUCGUGGUCUGCAUCCACGGUUGUGAUCCUUGUGCUGUCCAUCCAGACGGGCAGAGAUUGGGGGAUGUACAACUGUGUGUGUCCCUUGUGGAUUGCAGCAGCCGUGCUGUCCCCUGUAGCGGCCAUCUUGUUCGCGGUGGUGGAUAUGAAGUCGUCGUCGCUUCUAGACGGGAGAGAAUCUUCGUCGAAGGUUCUCGCUCCUAGGUGGCAUUUCGAGAGUAAGCCGGAUAGUGACCUGGAGGGAGGGAAGGCGGGGGAGCAGAACCCCUCCCUCCCGCCUAACCAAUGGAGCGCAUUCCGCGGGUCCAAGCAGCCUGACGAUGAAGAUUAUGCCCGCAGCGGUGAAAGAGGAGGAGGAGUGUCGUUGUCGGCGGGGGGGGGUGGCAACCAGUGGCAGCAGAGCGCGCAGCAGUCUGCUUAUCACCGAGGCGGAGGCGGCGGAGGGUCGGGGAGACUAAGUCCAUCCAGCAGGGGGAGUGGGGGGGGAGGAGGGGGAGGAUCGGCAGGGCAGCGCAGUCCGUACCGAGGAACGUCCGCGGGUCCGAACAGUCAUCGGACAUCAAAUUUCAGACCAGGAACACCGGCUCAGGCUAGUCCGACGAUAAGCUGGGCUGCGCCUGUCCGGUCGGAAGAGGAGGGGGGGAAUGCGGGUUCGACAGCCGACGGCGGCGGCAGCGGAGGGGGAGGAGGCGGGGUUGAUGCGCCGACGGGAGGGGGAGAGCAGUUCCUCGCGAGAUCCCCCAUGCGAUCUCCCAAUAGGUUGAAGAUGGGCCUGGGGCGGGGCAACGACAUUCCUCAGCCGUGGUCACCGAAUGCACCUCCUCCUCCUCCUCCUCCUCCUCCUAGAUCCCCUCUCCGCAGUGCUUCUGCAGCCACUCCCGGUCACAUCCCGCCAUCUCCUGGUGCUUCCACCGGCGCUAUCUCCGGCGGACUGGCCUCGACGGGCUCGAUCGGCUCUGGGACGUCCGAUCUGUCCGUACGCAGCGCGUCGUCCGAUUUCUCCGUACAGGACCUUCGCAAAGCGACAAACGACUUCUCCCCGUCUCGAAUCCUCGGCAGGGGGGGGUUCGGAUCGGUGUACAAGGGUGUGCUGGAAGACGGGACCCCGGUGGCCGUCAAGAGGCUCCACCGCGAUUCCAGCUCCAGCUCUGCCAUUGCCGGGUUGCAGAACAAAGGGGGGUCACAAGGAGCGCGCGAGUUCAAGGCCGAGGUUAGCAUCAUCAGCCGCGUCCACCAUCGCCAUCUGGUUCAGCUGAUUGGCUAUGCCAUCACGGAGAACGAGCAGCUUCUCGUGUACGAGUACAUGCCCAAUGGAAGCCUGUACGACCUGUUGCACGAUCGCCAGAAGCACAGGAGGGUUGUAGACUGGCCGACACGUGUCAAGAUCGCCGUUGGUGCCGCCAAGGGCCUGGCUUAUCUCCACGAAGGGUGCAAUCCCAAGGUCGUUCAUCGGGAUGUGAAGGCUCACAACAUCCUCCUGGACAAGGAGUUCCAGGCCAAGGUGUCCGACUUCGGGUUGGCGCGCUUGUUGGGCGACGAGGUCACACACAUCACCACGAGAGUGAUGGGCACUUUCGGGUACUUGGCGCCGGAGUACGCGUUGUCCGGCCAGCUGACGGAGAGGAGCGACGUGUACAGCUUCGGGGUCGUCUUGCUGGAGCUGGUAACGGGGAGGCGGCCCGUCGAUCAAGCGAAGGGCGGAGAGAAGCGCAGCCUGGUGGAGUGGGCGUGGCAGAUGGGGGACGCGGACCCGGCGGAGUUCGCGGAUCCGAAUCUGGACGGAGAGUUUGACCGGGAGGAGUUGAGGAGGAUCUGGAUGACGGGCGUGCUCGCGGUGAAUCAUUUGGCACAAGACAGACCGUCGAUGGACCAGGUGAUGAGGAUGGUGAAGGGAGAGGUGGAGCCUGCGACGGGAGGGGGAGGGGGGGGGGGGUCCUCUUCCUUGAGACAGAAAUCCACGAUGCGAUGGUUCUCAGGGUGGAUUUCUUCCUCUCCGACGUCGGAGUCCAAGGGAGGAGAGGAAGGACGGGGAGAGGUAGUUUCGCCCUCAUCGCCGAGUCCGAAGAACGGAUCUCUCUCGCGGCGCGGUGAGAGCAGGUCUUCGCGCGAAGCAGGGGACGGAGGAGGAGGAGGAGGGCUGAGGAAACGAGGAGCUGGGGGAACUGGUGGUGGGAGCGAACCGCCUGGCAGAGGGGAAGGUGGGGAAGACCGCAAGGGGGCAGCAGCGGACGCGCGUUCCCCAGGGGUGGUCACCGCGGCGGCGCAGCCCGUUUCCGGAGAACCGCCGAGUGCGGAAAACCCGCGGAGCUCCGGUAGGCGAAAUAUCGUGUCUGAGCGGACUUGGCUGCCUUGGAGUCGGGGGAAGAACGGCGGCGAUGAGCGCACAGGCGCGCUGGGGAACGCUGGGGAAGCUGCCGGGAAUACCGCCGAUCACACCGGCGGAAAGGGGAGAUCGUUUGGAAGGAGGGGCGGGAGUCAGCGUCGUGUGGAACGAAGUACGGGUAGGGGUGAGGACGAGGGAGGGGAGGAAGAGGAAGGGGAGGAGGAGGAGGAGGAGGAGGAGGAGGAAGAAGCGGCAUACGACUACGAGUGCCAAGAAGACGAUCGCAGGCGAGUAGCCAGAGUAGUUAGCAGAGCGUCAGAGACGGACUGGGGCAGUUUCUCGGGCCCUGCUUCAUAUACAUCAAGACCGAGUGUACCAUUGGAGGAUGAGGUUCGAGACACGCGCCCGGCGAAAGCAUCACCGUCUCCGAAGCAGGAGGCUGCGCGUGGGGCGGAAAGACAGAGAGCGAAAAUGCCGCCUUCCCCACAAAACCGCUCGCCGAUCAGAUCACCGUCCUCCAUGGGUGCACAGGUCAACGCCGAUGCCUCCAGAGUCAGAAGGUCUACAGAGACUACACCAGAAAGGACGCCCCCCAGGGAAGGGACUGUCCCGGCGAGGGAGUCGCCCUCGCUGCCACGACGUCCGACAGGUCCUAGUGCCAGUCCCAAUGUCAGGGGGCUGAUGGGGGAUUUCGGUCCUGCUAUCCACGAAGAGCGACCUUAUCGCGGAAGGUAACCGUAACGUAAGGGGAGCCAACUCGUCCGUUAGUGAGAAUGCGGUCGUUGGGGGAGGAAGAUGGCCGGCGGAGGAGGGGGGGGGGAGUAGGUGUAAGAGUGACUUCGGGACAACUACAUGAUGAGAGACCCGUUCACAACACACAUACACACACACACAAAUGUGUGUGUGUGUGUGGGAGAGAGAGAGAGAGAGAGAGAGAGUCGCUGGACAUAGCAUAUGUGGAGAGCCAUCUGAGUGUACAUUGGCGAGGUCUCUCAUCAGUCAUUAGCACAUGAUGAG